AUGUCGGUGAGCUGGGGGCGGGCCUGGGACACAGCUUCUGCCAGCUGUGACUCCUCAGGGUAUUGCUCGGAUGAACUGGUUGGCCCCCUCUAUGCUUGGAAUCUUGGUGCCUCCUCUCGAUCCAGCAUCUUCCGUGCUGCCACUUUUGCUCGGCUGUAUGGGGUUGGCGGCUGGUCACCUGACCCCAACGACAAGCAUCCUUGGCUCCAGAUUGACCUGACCAAGAAGUGCCGCAUCAAUGCCAUUGCCACACAGGGGACCUUCAACUCCUACAAUUGGGUGACCCGCUACAUCGUCUUCUAUGGUGACCAUCCCAAUAACUGGAAGCCUUAUUUCCAACAGGGGAGCAACUGGACAUUCUUUGGCAAUGUGAACGAGAGUGGUGUGAUCCGCCAUAACCUGCAUCACCCAAUCUUGGCUCGCUAUCUCCGCAUCGUUCCUGUGGCUUGGAAUCCUCAUGGUUCCAUUGGCCUGCGGGUGGGCCUUUAUGGCUGCUACUACCAAUCUGAUGUCUUGUACUUUGAUGGUGAUGAUGCAAUUGCAUACCAGUUCCGCACCAAAACUGUUCGCACAACCCAAGAUAUCCUUGGCUUCAACUUCAAGACAAUGGAACGUGAAGGGGUCUUGAUGUAUGCGGAGGGGGCCCAGGGAGACUACAUCAGCGUGGAGUUGCGGCAGGCCCGGCUGGUGCUUAACAUGAGCCUAGGCAACAGCCUACUCAACACCAGUGGAGGGGAGACUACAAUGACUCUGGGGAGCCUCCUGGAUGACCAGCACUGGCACCAGUUUCGCCUUGACCGCUACCGGCAAUUUGUCAACUUCAGCCUAGAUGGAGAAGUGCUGCGGUUCCGCCUCAAUGGGGCAUUUGAACAGCUUGACCUGGAUACUGAGAUCUUCUUUGGAGGGGUGAUUAAUCAUAAGAAACAACGUCUUGCCUAUCGACCCAACUUCCGUGGCUGCAUGGAAAACAUUGCCUACAACUUGAUCUUUAUUAGUAACUUGGCAUUGCGCCGCUGGCCUAACAUCCAUUUCGAGGGUCGUGUGGGCAGUUAUUGUCGAGACAACCUCUUGUUCCCCUUCACCUUUGCCGGGGUCAAUAACUACCUGGAGGUGCCAGGCUAUCCCCGGAGUAACUCCUUGUCCGUCAGAUUUGAUUUCCGCACGUGGGACUUCGUGGGACUGCUGCUUUACACGCCCUUUGCAGAUGACAUGGGCUGGCUUGAAAUGGUGCUGAGUGACGGGCAAGUGAAUGUCACCAUUGCUCAGCCCAAAUCCGAAACAAAAGCCAAGAAGCUGGAGUUUGCAGCAGGGUAUCGUCUUAAUGAUGGCUUCUGGCAUUCGGUAUCCUUGAAGGUGCAUGAAACCUCAGCUGUCAUAACCAUUGAUGACCAGAAUGAUGCCAGCUUCCGUGUUGACCGAAACAUUCAGCUGCGCACAGGCAACCGCUACUUCUUUGGAGGCUGCCCCAAGCCAGCUUUACGGACCGGCUGCCUCUCCAACCAGACGGCCUUCCACGGCUGCAUGCAGACGGUCAGUGUGGACGGGAAGGCCAUUGAAUUAGACAUGAUUCGCCAGCAUCGCCUGGGCAAGUACUUUGAGGUGUACUUCAACGUUUGUGGCAUCACAGAUAGGUGUACUCCCAACAUGUGUGAACAUGGCAGUCGCUGUAUCCAGUCCUGGGAUGACUUCCACUGCAUCUGUGACUUGACAGGUUACAAAGGGGAGACCUGCCACAAACCGGUUUACAAGGAAACAUGCGAUGCCUAUCGACUAAGCGGCAAAGUAUCUGGCAACUACACAAUUGACCCAGAUGGAAGUGGACCCCUAAAGCCUUUUGUUGUCUACUGUGAUAUUCAAGAGGAUCGGGCGUGGACCACCGUGUGGCACAAUCGGUACUGGGCCACCCGGGUGACUGGAUACAGUCCAGAAAAGCCCUUCCUGGGCUCCGUAGACUACUGGAAUGCCUCCUGGGGCGAGGUGUCAGCCCUGGCCAAUGCCUCCGAGUACUGCGAGCAGCGGAUAGAAUUCAAUUGUUACCUGUCCCGCCUGCUCAACACGCAGACUGGGAUGCCCCUGAGCUUCUGGAUGGGGCGGAAUUCUGAGCGCCAUUACUACUGGGGGGGCUCCCCUCCAGGGCUGGGCCGCUGUGCUUGCGGCAUGGAGAAGAACUGUGCGGACCCCCGUUUCUACUGCAACUGCGAUGCUGAUCACGCCAUGUGGCGGACAGAUAAGGGGCUGCUGAAUUUUGUAGACCACCUUCCAAUUACUCAGGUUGUGGUGACUGACACAAACCGCACGGGAUCAGCAGCCCAGUUUACACUGGGACCGUUACGUUGCUAUGGAGACCGCAACUCCUGGAACACAGUCUCCUUCACCAACGGAACAGCUUUGCUCUUCCCCACCUUCCAGGUUAACUACAGUCUCGAUAUUAGCUUCUUCUUCAAGACUUCUGCCCCAACAGGCACUUUUCUGGAGAAUGUGGGCCGAAGGAACUACAUCCGUGUGGAGCUCAACACUUCCCGGGAUUUGGUCUUUGCAUAUGACAUUGGGAAUGGCGAUGAGAAUUUGACGGUGCACUCGGAGAUGCCUUUCCACGAUAACGAGUGGCACGAGGUCAAGGCAGAAAUCAACGUCAAGUUAGCCCGGCUGCGAGUCGACCGGAUGCCCUGGGUGGUGAGAAAAGCCCCGCCUCAGAGCUUUGUCCACAUGAACCUCACCAGACCCCUCUACGUGGGCUCUGCUAUCUACUCUCUGCGUCCCUUCUUGGGCUGCCUGCGAGGCCUGCGCAUGAAUGGGGUGACCCUCAAUCUGGAGGGGAAGGCCAACGAGAGCCUCGGAGUCCUGGUGAACUGCACGGGACAUUGCCGCCGCCCCUUGGUGCCCUGCCAGAACUAUGGCACCUGUGUGGAGCACUACAACCACUACACCUGCAAUUGCAGUGUCUCUGCUUAUGAAGGGCGUUUUUGCAACCAAGAUAUCGGUGCCUACUUUGAGCAAGGAAGCUGGGUGCAAUACAACAUCAUGACGAUGCCCUUGCGUGCGGUGCAGGAAUUUUCCAACAUUGUCCGCCAACCACUUCAGCCGUUGCCUGGCUACAACCUGACCGGGGAGAUAGUUGGUCUUAGCUUCCGUACCUCUUCCGCCCCAGCUGUCCUGCUUUACGUUAGCACCUUUGUGAAUGAUUACCUGGCCAUUUUGCUCCGAGAUGAUGGCAUCCUGCAGCUGCGUUACCAGCUGGGCACCCUUCCAUACGUCUAUUCCCUAAGCACCCGUUCAGUAGCUGAUGGGCAACCACACCGGGUCAACAUCACACGUGUGAAUCGGACCUUGUACACGCAGCUGGAUUAUUUCCCUGUUAUGGUGCAGCACUUCUCUGCCUUUGUGGACAGCAAACUAGACUCCCCCAAGGCACUCUUUCUGGGCCGUUUCAUGGAGACAGGUGUGAUUGACCCUGAGAUCCAGAGGUACAACACACCAGGUUUCACGGGUUGCCUCUCAGGAGUGAAAUUCAACAGCCUUGUGCCUCUCAAAGCCAUCUUUCGACCCAACAGCAACCCUGUCAACCCCUAUCGCAUCCAUGGGCGUCUGAUGGAGUCCAACUGUGCCUCCAUGCCUUCAGCUUACGUUGAAAUGCCUCCAGAACUGGACCCUUGGUAUAUCGACCCAGCGGACUUCCUGUAUAUCCAUGAUGAUGGCUGGGUGGCAGUUGUCGUUGGAGUUGUCAUUUUCCUGCUGCUGCUGCUGGCUGCUAUCCUCAUCUUGAUGUACCUGCAUCAUCACCGCUAUAAGGGCUCCUACCACACCAACGAGCCCAAGGCCAUCCAAGACUACAACAGCGGAGGGAGCAGCAUCAGCAGCGGCAGCGGAGGAGGGACUUCCACCCCGACUGCCAAACCAGGAGUCUCCCGGAAGGAUCAAAACCUUCCACAGAUCCUGGAAGAGGCCAAGCCAGAAUAGCGGAACAGAUCGU